UAGUAAUACCAUUUGUCACCUGCGUCCGUGCGUGUGCGUGUGUGUGUGUUCUGGAAAUGGCAAAGAAAACCUACGAUUUGCUCUUCAAACUGUUGCUGAUCGGCGAUUCAGGAGUGGGAAAGACGUGCAUAUUGUUCCGUUUCUCAGAUGACGCCUUCACGUCCACGUUUAUAUCGACCAUCGGCAUCGAUUUCAAAAUCAAAACAGUCGAGCUGCGCGGCAAGAAGAUCAAGCUGCAAAUAUGGGAUACCGCCGGCCAGGAGCGAUUCCACACGAUAACCACCUCGUAUUAUCGGGGCGCCAUGGGCAUAAUGCUCGUCUAUGACAUAACGAACGAGAAGAGUUUCGAGAAUAUAGUAAAAUGGCUACGGAAUAUAGACGAGCACGCUAACGAGGACGUGGAGAAGAUGAUCCUGGGCAACAAGUGCGACAUGACGGACAAGCGGGUGGUCAACAAGGAGCGCGGCGAAGCGAUUGCCCGCGAGCAUGGCAUUCGGUUUAUGGAAACAUCCGCCAAAUCGGACAUAAACAUCGAGCGGGCGUUCUGCGAGCUGGCCGAGGCCAUUCUGGACAAGACGUCGGGCAGGGAGUCGGCGGAGAACCCGGAGCGUGUGAUCAUCGACCGACGGAACAACGAGAAGGCGCCCGGUUACAGCAAGUGCUGCGCGUAAAACGGCGCAAAAAGAAGGCGAACGGGGCGUGGCUUGGCCCGGUUUGUGCUUGGGCAAAAAAGGAUGGAAUUGGUAUUGGAUUAGGAUCGGAUCGAAUUGGAUUGUAAUGCGGAGGUGAAUAGAUGGUGACGGAGAUGCAGAUGGAGAUGGAGUGCGGUGGGGAUCGGUUUCUGAAACUGUUCCGCACAAAAAAAAGGAAAGGAAAGGAAAGGGAAACAAAGCAAUACAACCGGGGUCACUCGCACGGAGGGAACUUACUUAUUACGAGGAUACGCAGAUGGAACAAGCAACAGAAACAACCUACCUAAAGUUUAACACAGAUAUUGUAAUACGAACCAUUUGGAAGCAACUUUACAAAGUCCCGGACGUUGGCAGUCCGUUGGAACACGACCACGUUAGUCGACGCACACACAGCAUUUGAAGGAGGAGCAGGCGGAGUAGGAGGAGCAACCUGUUGGCAUUUCGAGCAGCUAGCUAGCGUGGCCAGUAGAGAAGAUCGGUGGUUCCACGGACUGUCCAGCCACACGAAAAACACGAAACGAAGCGAAACGAUUAAGAUAGCAAAGACGCAGACAUAAGCAACUUUUGUAACGUAACUUUUGAUAUACAUAUAGUCUUACGAUUCCUGUACUCAGACGUUCGCUCAGUUCGUUCGCCAUCACUCGCACUUCCCUGCCGACCAGCCCCCCAAUUCCCCCACUUAGUGUUUUGUUUUGUUUUGCGUUUCAGCCUAGAUAUAAAUAACACCUAUACAUAUUAUACAUCGGAUAGUAUAUAGCAUAUAUACCUAGCUUGCUUUCGCUUUCUUUCUCGAUACUAAGCCAGCGAGCAGUUCAAGAUCGACCGGGUUAGCUAGGGGUCGCGGGGUAGACGCUCUGCAGCCGCUUAGGGUUCAGGGUUCCAUCUGUUCCGACAAUUGUUUUCUGAUUAUUGCCUAUAUAUAUAUAUAUAUAUGUAUAUUUAUAUACCAUAUAUUGCAUCGUUUUUUAUGUGCACUUGCGCCCGAAUAUAUAUAUAUAUAUAGAUGUGUAUGUGCACACUUAGGGGGCGUGUAUAUCUCCAUGUAUGUGUAUGUGUAAGGACGUCGCACGCCAUGUAGCAUCCGCAGAAAGGAGGCGGGUUCCGCCCAGCCCGCCCACUCGACGCACCAUCGUGCCGUGCGCUCGCCUCCUGUCUCCUUGUAAUUUUAUACUACAUUUUUUUUUCGUGUAAACCCAUUAUUUGUAACUGUAUAUGGAUUUAGUUUAGUUGUCUACACCAAAUGAAUUACCGAUUAAAAAAUAUAAUGAACAAACUAAACCAUGUCACAUAA